AUGGAGUGUUUAAGGAACAUCCAGAGACUCUUACAUGUAAGAACCCAUUUAAAUGUAUGGAGUGUGGGACGUCUUCCUCUCAGAGCCCACUCUUUUCUUCACAGAAAUGAACUCAGCAGGAAAUUGGUCUUUAAAACAUGUUGUGUAUGUGAAGUUCUGGUAUUUAUGUGUAAAACUGUAUAGUAAUGAAAUAUUGAAGGCAAUGUCAAACAAUGUGAUUAUAAUCUACGAUGUAAAGUACCUUUCGAUAGAGAAGCGGUGAGGGUUUAUCUGGAUUGCUGGGGGUCAGUGAGGGCUGGGCGAUAUAUUGUCCCAAACUGGUUUCUAGACCACAUCGUGAUAACCUUCCAAAAACAAUUGAUAUGGCAAGACUUCACAGAUUACAGUGUGUGUUUCUGGAAUGCUGAUUUGUCUAGAAGCAGCCAGCAGAAAGCUUUUCUUCAUGAAGUCCCUGCAGAUGCCGAGUUCCUGACUUCCCUCCCAGACGACAGGAAGCGAAAGACACACAUCCAUUGCCCUGUGUCCUUCCAGCCUCUUUCCUCCCUUGCUCCCUUCUGCCGGUGUGUCUGCCUGAUGUAG